AGUUUAAAAGUGUGACUAACACACUUCAUAUUUUGCUGAGCUGAAGACUGAGGAGGACAUAAUGGCAAUGCUGAAGUUCCUGCAACUCUUGCUUUUGACAGCAGGAGUUGAAUCUGCUGUGGUUAAACAUCGACUGAUUGGUGGAAAACCUUGUGGCAACAAUGAACGCCUCCAUCAAGUGUGGGUUUUUCAAGUGACACAUUCAGAAAAAAGUUUCUGUGGAGGGACUCUGAUCGACAAGAAGUGGGUGUUGACUGCAGCACACUGCUAUAAUAAGUCAGUGAUCAGAAGUGUUGAAGUCUGGGCAGGUGUUCAUCCAAAGAGAGCAUACCAAAAGUUUAACAUUCAGGAACGUGACAUCCAUAUAUUUGAUGUAACUGAGAGAACAGGUGACAUCAUGCUGCUCAAACUUCCUGGACCUGUAAGUGGAAUCACUCCUGCUAAGCUUCCUGAUUCCUCCUGUCAGACUCCUGUUAAUGGAGAGCAGCUGCAGAUCGCUGGUCACGGAUCUACUGUUAACCAAACUGGACCUGUUGACCUGAAACAACCUCUGCAGUGUCUUGAUCUGAAAGUCACACGCUGUCCUCAACUCAUAAACAACUAUUUGUGUGGUAAAGGUCUUCCUAAUAACCCACCUGCCUUCACUUGCAAGGGCGACUCCGGUGGAGGCUGGCUGAAGAAGAGGUUUGGGAGAAGGAGUGUGAUCUAUGGAGUUCACAAAGGUUCACAUCUUACUUUUAGCAAAAUUGCUUAUUCCACAAGUGUGUGUGCUCCUCCUAUCAGGAAGUGGAUAAAUUAUAUCAUGACUAAUCACUGAAACAGCAGGUGCCAUAUGAGUCCUAUAUGAAGCUGUAACAGUAGAGUCACAUAUGAAGUUACAGACUAUGUACUACAGCUGAUCUGUCACUCUGUACUUGUGUUACAAUUAAUAAAUACAAACAGCUUUCCAUUAUGUG